AACUUCGCGUGAGAAGCUUGAAACAUUAUUUUUAUUUGAUUCUAAUUAUAGAAUAAAGUUCUUAAACUCAUUUCCUAGUUAGUAAUAAGGUUGACGCAAGAACGCUUGUGCGGUGGUGGUGUGCAAAUCAUUAGAAAACAUGUGUUUUGAUGUUAAUAUAAGUUGGUGAUUUGACGACACCUAAGAAAAUACAUGUCAACAAAUUGUAAAUUUCCAAUGUGACUAGUGUUUCGUAGUUGUAGUUUGUGUUUAUAUCGGUGGCGAGUUGUUGGAAGGAUCCUGUGGAGGUAUUUGUAUCGCUAGUGACUGAUAAGUAUGCCGAUUGCUGUAAUCAACAAAGUUCAUUUCCGGUCUCAUCUCGAUGAGGGUUCUAUAAAUGCUAAUUGAUUCUUGCGAGUUAUCAAACUGCAGGAUGGCGAACCCCAUCGGGGUUUCCUUUGAUCAAAAUGACAUGUCCAGCUGGUAUUUCGGAGGUCUUUCAAGAGCUGAAGCGACAAAGUUGCUUCUGAAUGAGACUGAGAGUGGAGUCUUCCUAGUUAGAGAUUCUAAGACAAUACAUGGAGAUUAUGUCCUUUGUGUCAGAGAAGAUGACCGCGUGUCACACUACAUUAUCAACCGCAUGGUGUCUGCGGAAGGAACGCGGUACCGCAUCGGAAACCAGCUGUUCGCGGACAUGCCGGCUCUGCUCGCCUUCUACCGCCUCCACUACCUGGACACCACGCCGUUGGUGCGGCCACUGCCUCAAGCCAACGCUCACGCGGCUGCCCCGGCGCCGGCACAGCCCCAUCUCGUACUGGAAGUCGUCAUCGCCAAAUUCGACUUCGACGGUAGUGACGCGGAUGACCUACCGUUCCGGCGCGGAGAGCGGCUGAUGGUAAUCAACCGGGACGAGGAACAGUGGUGGACGGCCAGGAAUGCGCAUGGCAGGACCGGCUCCAUACCGGUGCCCUACGUGCAGAGGUUGUUGGACCCGUCUGGAGUGCCGUAUCCCGCCAACGAUGCUCUCACACAAAUGCAGGGCGACCCUCCGAGCCCUCCCAACAACAAGCAGCCGAAGGGCACCAAUAUGCAGCGACAACUGCCGGCUCUAGCACGCGUUCGACAGUCGCGUGUUCCGAAUGCUUACGACAAGACGGCGCUUAAACUGCAAGAAGGGGAUAUUUUAAAGGUAACAAAAAUGAAUAUAAAUGGACAAUGGGAGGGUGAACUGAAUGGAAAAGUAGGUCAUUUCCCGUUCACCUAUGUAGAAUUUCUUGAUGACAUCACUAGUUAAACGUUAUGUGAGACAGUCAGUGCAAGUGUUACUGUAAAGUGAAAAGUGACAAUCCCUUGUGGAAAGUGAAGUGAAGUGGCAGUGGAAUAAACAAGUUAAUGAUUGUGACAUUUUGAUUUCCAGAGGUAAUGUCUUCGGAGAUGGAUUAUGCUCAGACAUAGAAGUUUUAGUUGUUACAACAUUAACACAGAAUUUGAAAAGUAAUAAUAAUCAAUUAAUGCAAUUGUUAAAGCUUUCGAGACUAGUUUAGGACUUAGUAUGCUGACUAUCUCACUCCACAUGAGACGGAGUUUGAUUGCAAACUCAUGUCUCUCAUGAAACUAGUUGAUAUCUACACAUAUUUAAUGUGAGUUAAAUUGCUUAAAUUAUGCCACGCCCAGACAUGCUGCUUGUUUAAAGUCACAACUGUCUUCCGGACGAGUUGGUAGAGAUAAUAGAUCUCAUUUAACAUAGUCCUGAUAUACUUCCCCUAUUAUUAUUCUUAAGCCAGCCCCUUUUACAUCCAAGAUUUGACCAUUAUGGGUAUGCUAAGGAUUUUUCACCGCCAUCAAUAACUUCAUGCUAGCUCUCGUAUGCAAAUAUUUGCCAAUACAUUUGCUCUGUCAAAAUUAGUGCAUACUUACAUAAAUUAGAUACAUGAAGAAAAUCUGAUAGAAAUCAGACCAGAAGUCUCUUGAGGAUACUUCCAAAUUCAAAGUCCCUAGAAAGAUUUAAACAACACAAUUUCCACCUGGCAACCUAUUGCAAGUCGGACUACCCUGCAAUAGUAUGGAUUAUAUAUAGUUGUACGGACAACUUACAUUUUAUUAGAUUUAUAAUUUGUAGAAUUACUGUAUAAAAAUCCUCAUUUAAAAAAACUCAAACUCAAAACUCUUAAUUUAAUUUAAUAUCAAUUUAAUAUAAUGUAUGCCAGAAUAAAUUAAUUAAUAUUCUCAUUUCUGUUCGUUGUUUACUAUUCUUUUGACUUAAUGUUGAAUUCGAUGAAAAAUAAUUAUUAUUAUUAUGAUUUGGGGAUUAAAAUGCACUUAAAUCCUAGGAUCUAUUGUGCCCCCUGUUUGCGCUAGCGCGCCUACCCUCAACUCAAAACUAAAGGAAGAGAAUCAAGGCUACUAGGAAACAUGUUACUGUGCCAAGAUUUAAAUUAUAUCCUCAAUACCUAUUACUUUUACAAGGCAUAGGAUCCUCAGAGGGUCCAGGCAGGGCACUGUAUUUUAAGACACCUCAGCCUGAUUCUGGCAAUGGCUUCGCAUUCCAUAAGUAUGUGUAUGGUGUCUUCAGCGGCUUCGCAGCAGAAUCUGCACAGGUUUGAUUCAUGAAGCCCAUUCAGCUUGCAAUGAUGAAAAAAAUACAAAUAAUAAUAAUAAUUUGAUUAAAAUGCAAUUAUUACUUUGAUAUUAAUGUUUAUAUUGUCUUUAGUCCUGUGGUAAAUUUCAUUUUGCAACAAAAAUUUCUAUGGAUGAUUAGGGAAGUGAUUGAAACUUAAACCAAUGCAACCCCACCUGUGUCAAAUAUAUUUUACAUACAUUUCUGAAUAUUCUAGAAGGCAUUUACUAUUAAUGAAUAUUUUAGACUCUAAUUAUGCAAUAAUUACUAAGCAAGAUUUAUGAUAGAGUAAAUCCUGCCAAUCUAUAUAUUCACAUUGAAGUUUCUGUACAAUGUAUAUAUAUUUUUUUUUAAUGCUUCAUAGUAUUAUGACAAAUUGGAAUUAUCAUUACUAUAUUUAAACACCGGUAAAUAGAGUAUUACCGGCUAAACAAUACUCUUCAAAUACACUACACUUUCUAUAUCAAUGUGACAUUGGGCUAAAUUCCUCCUCCCAAAAGCCACUAAAGUAAUAAUAAAAAAUCAAUACUAAAGUAUUUAAAAAAACUUACUCCUGUUACGGAUUUGUCUAUAGAGACUAUAAGUAUAUAUUAUGUGGUGUUUUUUAGGUGAAUUGAACUUUGUUAUAACAAUUUAUUUUAAUAGCUGGCAUCAUUGUGAAACAAACAAUAAGAUUGAAAUCUUUAAAAUUCAUCAGUUUAAAAAGAGGUACUAAAAAAAUUAUCAUUCGAGUAUUUUUUCAGAUAUUCCUAAUGCUACUCGUGAGUUUGGACACCUCUUUUGGGCACCCUUUAUAUUCAUAGCUAAUACGAUGGCUUAGUGGAUAUCCCAUUUUUCUCAAAGUACUAAGGGUGAGAUCUAUAGAGUGUACAAAGCUGAGGGUUAGAUUAGCAUAAUCUUUGAUUUCGUUUUUAUAGUGAAUUGAAAGCUGAAAUUAUGCUGAGAUUGGUGUCCUACCUUACCCAAUACAAAAGUUAAGUUUGCUUUUUAGCACACUUAGCUAAGUUUUACAUUAGGAAAGUCUGAGUUAGUGAUGGGUCGUCGACGUAUUUAGUAGAACGAAACUAGACCGUUCAUAUUUUCUUAACAGGCCGGCCUUUCUUCUUUAAAGGCCGGCAACGCUCUUGUGAUUCCUCUGGUGUUGCAAGAGAAUGUGGGCGGCGGUGAUCACUUAACACCAGGUGACCCGUACGCUCGUCUGUCCUCCUAUUCCAUAAAAAAAAAAAUUUCGUCGACUAAUUGAUGGACUAGUUCAAAUCGUGAAGUGUAGUUCAUCUUUGAUGGUAUUGUAGACGCUAGACAAGACAGUCUAUUACAGUUUAUGUUGCGAGACAAUUUUAAUUUUUAUAAUAAUAUAACAUUAAUUUUAUCUUUUUUUACAUGAUUAGUAUCUAGUGGUGAAAAUUAGUUCAUAAUUUAUAUUCUGUUUUAAACGGACGACAAACGAACUCCUUGUUUACGUCUCUCGUAGUCUAUGAUUUGAACUAGUUCAAUUGAAAUAGUUGAACCAUGGGCUUGUUGAUUGAACUGGUCCGUUCAUUCAACAUCCAUCUCUGAGUAGGCUCUAUAGAUCUCAGCGUAAGACUUAACUUUUAUUCUUGAUCCAUUUUGAUAACAAAUACUACUGAGAAAUAAAGACAUGACUUAUAAUUGCUUUGAUAUAAGCGUAAGAGAUUUUAUCUUAACUUCUAUGAAUGAUGAAAACCCUGUGCAGGUGUUACCAUAAGUCCCUCAUGUUGAAUAUUUAAAGAACUAAAUACAUAUUUUAUGUGAAUGAAUGAGGGUGUGAUUAUAUUGGAAUUGUUUAAGGGAUUGUAUAAAAAAAAAUCAUUAUUACAUAUUUAUUAUGUUUUACAUAUAUAAAGGAUUGUUCAAAAUGUUACAUAAAUGUAAAAUAAUAUAGGUUAAGUGUAUAAAUUAUUGGUGCUUAAUUGUAUAUGUAUAUAGAUUUUUACAUUUUCUCAUGCAAAGCUUUGGAUUAUAGCUUCAAUGUUUUUUUUAUUGAAAGUAGAAGAAGCUAGUUAUGCAAUAUAGUAGAGACAAGUUUUUUUUUUAAAUCAUAAAUACAUACUUAUUUACAAUUAUGUAAGUAUGUGGCAUGAUAUUGUUCAAGCUUGUGGUUAUACAAUGUUACAACAUAAUCAUUGUGGUAGUUUUGCCUCUAAAGUAUUUAAAAAUUCAAUUAUAUUAAUAACUACAGGUAAUGUUAAUCUUGGUGGACAUCUUUGAUCAACAUGUUUUGAAUUGUAAUCUAAUUUUUAUUUGUAUCUUUAUUCUGUAUAUAUAAAAAAACUGGACAAGAAGAGCAGGACGUUCGGCUGAUGGUAAUUGAUACGCCUUGCCCAUUACAAUGCAGUGCCACUCAGGAUUCUUGAACAAUCCGAAAAUUCUGGGUGGCACUACAGUUGCGCUCGUCUCCUUGUGACAUGAGAUGUUAAGUCUCAUUUGCCCAGUAAUUUCACUGUAUUAAACGCAUUCUAUAUAUCUUACGGUCUGAGGUUAUGUUGACAUCUGGCAUUCCAUAACAGCGCGUUUUACAAGAAAUUUCUUGCCUCGCACAGCCACUUUGUGUAAUUAAUUACCGGCUGCAGCUGUUUACUCGAACCAAUACGGCUUCGGGACCUUCAAGAAAAGAGUCCCUCUCUUAUAUAAAAAAACUGAAACAGAGAUGGAACUUCAAGUGAAGAAAGAGAGGGAACAUCUGAAAGGUGACCCGAGAACGGCUUUGCGCCCCUUAAUUCCUAUGUAGGACAUUUUAUCAAAGGUGUCAGAGCCCAUUUCUGAACUUCGGAGGCAUUUAUAUGUAAAUUUAAUAACUAAUUGCUCUCUAAGCAGUAUAAAAUAUAUGUACAAUACAAUUAGGCACUUCAUAAUUCUAUAUAAAGACUUCCAAAUUGUAAUAGUCAAUAUUUUUAUAAUUAUAAUUGCUGGUGCGAAGUAUUUACUUAGUAUUAUUGGCUUUACGGCUGGACAAGUCUAAUGACAUUUUAUCUACACUAAUUAAUAUAAUGUAAGUUUGUAUAUUUGUCAGAAUAACCUUGGAAACUAUUAAUCCAGUUUUAUAACUACUUUUAUUAAUAGAAAAAGUCUGAGCCUUACGAAUAAAAACAAAUAUAACCUGGUCGGUUUCUUGUCGUGUUCUCUAACUAUUUCAUAUGAAGACAAUAGGACAGAAUAGUGAUUUGUAUUUGGUUUUAUUUGUGAGGUUGGUGAUUAGUUUUAAAAGUGUUCACAAUAAACCAACGAAGGCAUAGAAUGAUUUUUAUUAAUAAUAAUAAACAGAUAUAUUUAUAUAUAGUCUAAAGAUCUCGUAUAUUGACUAUUUUACUGGUGCAUUUGUUGAUUGAUUUUUUUUUUAAUAAACAGUAUAAAUUUUGAGUUAUUAUAAAGUCCUGGUUGUUAUUAUGGCUAUUGGCAAAUUGAAUAUUAUCAGAUACCAAUAAUAAUCUUUAUAAACAGUUUUAUUUGCAGCGGCCAUACAAUGUUGCCAGUAAUCAUAGCCUUAGAAGUAUUUAGAUUGUAUAUAAAUAAAUCUCUAGGAGUACAAUAACAAUUACCACUAUAUAAUGGAAUUGAUUGCAAACGCGUGCUUUGUUGAAUAGUAGUUACGAAUUUUUAUAGCACAAAAUUGCAAUUAUUGCACAAUUUUGAUAAUAUUUUACAUGUUCGCUGUCGGUUCACAAAAAUUUCAUUUCACUUGGCCAGUGCAUUAUGUAUUAGAUACAUGCUAUUUGAGAUUGAAAGACAAAACAUUCAGAUUAAGAAGUUUUCAAUUCCUGUCGAUACAAUGGUCGAUUUGAUGUUUGAACGAUCAAAUGAUCAACCAUUACUUAUUAUAAUCAGGUUUUAUAUUGUAACCCAAACCAUUUCAAAUUAACAGUUAGUUAGCCUCUUAAAUGCAUAAUCAAUAGAGGAAAGAAUCUUAAUUCUAAAUGGGGGCUUCUGCUUGCAAAAAAAAGUAAUAAUAUGUACCAGAUACCAUUCUGUUUGAGAUUCGAUUUACCUAAAGAAUUUGUAUCAUUGAAUAUACCUAGUAAAUAGCAGAGAUGUGAUGGAUGCAGACUUCAGAUUCUUACGUGGAUGUGGAUCUUAAGAUAUUUUAUAAAUAAAUUAGCUGACCCAGCAUAUGUUGUGUUGCCGAUAUUAAAAUCGCGAUACAAAAGUAACUGUUGAUCGUAGAUGGGUGAAAAUGCAGUUGUAUGUAUUUUUUAAUGCUGACUCAUAAUCAAACAAAUUUUUAAAAAAAUGUCAAAAAAAUUAAAAAAAAAAACGUGUGGACCACUCUUAACAUUUAGGGGGAUGAAAAAUAGUUGUGUCCGAUUUUCAGACCUACCCAAUAUGCACGCAAAAUUUCAUGAGAAUCGAUCAAGCCGUUUCGGAGGAGUUCAAAGUUUAACACCAUGACACGAGAAUUUCAUAUAUUAGAUAUUAAGAUAUUUUAUAAAUAAAUAUAUGGGUGAAGAAAUCUAUACAUAUAAAUAAAAUUGGAGUGUCUGUUUGUAAUAUUAAAAUAACCGUUUUUUACUACAUGUAUAUGAAAAUAUAUACCAAAAUAACAUUUUUUAUAAUUUUACAUUACACAUACAUACAUUAUUAUUAUUAGAAUAUAUACACCAAAAAAACAUUUUUACAAUUUUUGUCUGUCUGUCUGUUUGUCUGGCUAAUCUCCGAAAUGGCUGGACCGACCGAAGUUCGCCGUGUCAACUAGUAUAAUAAGACAGGAAGAAGGAAAAAAAUAUUUAUUUGUGCAGGCGAAUCCAAAAAAGCUAUUAAGUACAGAAUAUGCAAGUAUUAUUUUAAUAUCGAGGCUGGCCUAAUGUCAUUAAAAAUAAUGUUACUGUCUCCUUUGUAUGCAGAAGAAUAAUUUGAAAACUGCAUCAUUCAUAAGUGAGCAUCUAAUAAUUAUUUUCUAAAUUCUAGAUUCAUCCUCAAUUAGAAAAUAAACCUUGUUCCAUUGAACAUGUGUCCACGUCACACAAUUUUAGGAAAAUCUUUACGUUGUAAUAUGGUGCCCACAGAGUAAUUUAGGAGCCCUAGCUGCUCUUUGACUGUGUAUGUCGUCUUCUAGAAGUCUCCUCCUGACAAAAUUCUCGCAUCUCAUUGAACGAUACGUGUUUACUUUGGACGUUCACCAAUAUCAAUUUUACUGUAGUUUUGCUUUUGGACUGCAACUGUUCUUUAAAUUUAAUACUUUAACUAAAUGUUAUAUAUAAUUUAAUGUCAGUAUCAUUUUUAAUAUGUUUGGUGAGUCUUUACAAUGUUUUAUAUGUAAUAUGACAACGCUUAUGGGCUAUAUUUCACCAUACUAUAUAUAUAUUAGUCACGCCACUGUGGUGUCUGUAACCUCCUACCAAAAUAGACACCAGAGAUAUGACGCGUCCCAGCUGGUCUCACCACCAAAUUGGUUGCGCAACCAUACGGACACCAAUCGGUGAGUAACCAUGUAUAUAUUUCGUUGGUAUAUAUAUAUAUAUACACAUAUAUUAGUCCCGCCACUGUGGUCUCUGUAACCUCCUACCAAACUAGACACCAUACAGACACCAGUCAUGACGCGUCCCAGCUGGUCUCGCCACCAAAUUGGUUGCGCAACCGUACGGACACCAACCGGUGAGUAACCAUGUAAAUAUUUGGUUGGUAGCGGUGACUAGUUGCCCUUCCGCGUGGAGUCACACUGAAAUAUAGCCCUAAAUCUUCAAAGUACCAAAGAAACUGAAAAUAAAGAAUGAAAAGUAAAUCUAUUUGAAUGUUUUGUCUUUCUCUUGGCCCCCAUGUUAUAUUUAUUGGGGAAUAAUACCAAAUGUUAUUUGUAUAGAAUGAAUCGAAUAAAUAUAUUUUGAGAUUACAAAUCAUAUAGUGUAUGUAUUGUAUUUUAGGCGGUAUUAAGAUUUUGUCAAAUGUUUUUUUAAGUUAUGUGUAACUUUUUUUAGUAAUAAUAAAAUUAGGAAGGAACUUUUA